AUGCGCCUCAUCCAAGCUCUAUCCAUCACAUUGGCCAUUCUCCUUGUCCGUAGCAUUGCAGCCUCGGUAGCAGGUCCGUCGAUAAUCUCAACGUUGCCCUCGCAGAAUACAUCGCCUUUUUCGAGCCGACCAAUCGUCCUGGACCAAAGACGAUCGCUGCGAGUCUACAAAACAGUCGAUGGAAACUCAGCGGAAAGGGGUCUUUGGAGCUACGCGAAGGCAUUAUGGUGGGCGGAGACCGGGGCAUCCGAUGGCUACGUCAGGAAGGCAUUAAAGCUUACUAAUCUCGACGAGGCAGCUGUCAAAAGCAACAAGUACUAUGCGUACUAUGUCGACAAAACUGAGUGGUAUAAGAUCAUAAAAUGGCUUCAGAAAGACGUUUCGACGUUCCAAGUCUGGAAGACCCUCAAUCUGGACAAAAUCACUGAGAGUAGCCAGCUACACAGCGUACGAAAUACUGAUGCCUUCAGGGUAUACUCUCGAUACGUGAAACACUUCAACAAUGCUGUAAUCUCGAAGCUGGAUAACGGUUAUCAGCCCGAUCGCGUGCUGGUCGAAAGAGGGGCUUCAGACGCCGAGAUGUCGGCCAGAGCGCUCAUUAUGGCCAACGCAGGCAUAAAGGACGACUAUGCACAAGUUCUUCUGGGUCUAACUACACAAGGCCGUUUUAUUAAGCUACUGAAAGGAGCCGAACUGACAGGACACCGAGACUUUCAAUUUUUUAAGUUGUUUGUGGAAACGAAAACGGCAGCAGGGAAAAGAGCAGCUAAGAAAGGAUAA